AGACCUUCGUGCUGAGCAGUGAAAAGCUCUCAGGUCCACUCUGAACUCUGGUACAUGCAGGAGCAGCAGCAGCGGAGAAGGUGGACGACAACUCACGUGACUGUAUUGGGAUCAGACAAAAAGGCAGAGAUGAUUGAGCUGGGCCUCGCUGACGGGAGCCUGAUCGAUGAACUGAUGGAGCUGACGGCUCAGAGCCUCAGUCAGCGGGAGAUCCAGGAGCACUUCAACAUCAUCAAGGAGAUCGGCAGAGGGAAAUACGGCAAAGUGCUGCUGGUGACACACCGCUUCAGGGGGACUCCCAUGGCCUUGAAAGUGAUGCCCAAAGCCUCGACUAAGCUGCAGGGCUUUCUGCGAGAGUACUGCAUCUCCUUACACCUGUCCUGCCACCCCUGCAUCGUGGGCCUCUUUGGCAUCGCCUUCCAGUCUAAUGAGCACUACUGCUUCGCCCAGGAGCUUGUCAUUGGCAGGGACCUAUUUGGUGUCAUCCAACCAAAGGUGGGUAUUCCAGAAUCUUCAGUCAAACGUUGUGUCCUCCAGAUCGCCAGUGCUUUGGAGUUCAUCCACAGCCAUGGCUUGGUCCACCGAGAUGUCAAGCCUGAAAACAUUCUUCUGCUGGACAAUCAUUGUACCCAGGUCAAGCUGGCAGACUUUGGCCUGGCCCAGAAGAGAGGUACGAUGAUACGAUUCAUCACAGGCACCCUGCCCUACAUGGCCCCGGAGCUUUGUACCAUGGUCAUGCUGGAGGGGCAGAAAGAAGUGACUGCUCCCCCUCUGAGCGUGGAGCCAAGCCUGGACACCUGGGCCUUUGGAGUGGUUAUCUUCUGCAUUCUUACGGGCUACUUCCCCUGGGAACGCUGCAUGGACUCAGACGACUUCUACCUGGAGUUUGCUGACUGGUGCAGAAUGGAAGAGAGACCUAUCAUUGAGGAGGACAUUCCCCCUCUGUGGAAAAGGUUCACUCCCGAAGCCAUGGAGAUGUUUGGUAAGCUCCUGGCUUUGGAUGCAGGAGAGAGGGUUACAGUUGGGGAGGUGAGAGCAUAUGGAGAGAAGGACUGGCUGAAGAAGGCAUAUGGGAACGAGCAACAGCAGACAACAGAAAAAGAAAAAGCCAGCAUCUCUAGAAUUACAUCUGUGCAUAGCAAGGUGGAAGAACCUCCUAAUGCUAAGUGACUUGCAAACUGUAUCGUUGAAUCCUCUUUUAUUUUGUAAUUAUACUAUACUAUGGGCUCUAUCUUUUGAUUGUAGCGCAUGAUAUAAAGCACAUGGGUCAACUUCGUUUGGGGCAUGUCUAAAACCCCUCAUGCUUGUUCUACUGCAGUUAGAAAAGAGAUGGCUGAGCCAGGUACAUGGUUCAAAAGGGUUGUACUUUCUAGUUCAUCAUGGCUAUGUUCUGGGCCAUCUCCCAUUCCCUGGUAGAGAAAAGCUGAACAGGUCUAAUGUUGAUAUAGGAUUUAUUUAUCCUCUGUGUCAAUUUUCUCAACUUGAAAGCUUCUCAUAAAUUACAUCUGCACUGAUAACUUGUGCAGGAUGCAUAAUAACUAACUUUUAAAGACUAAAUAUUAUUACAUGGUAAUAAGAUACAAACAAUCAUGUUUUUCUUCCGUUAUCUUUGAGGGCAUACCCAACUGUUUAAUUUUAGAAGAAUAUUAUUCAUUUACGAAAUGUAUAUAAAUAAAUAGGUUUAGUAAAAAACUAUGUUAGACAGUGCCACUCAUUGCUGUUCUUACAGUGUCAAUAACACACUUCACAUGAUUGUUGUAUUAUUGUUCAGAAGAUUUUAUAUAUGUAGAAAUGUAUAUACAAUGCAAUUCAAAUGAGUCAUCCUAAAUAAAAUGCUAUUUUCAGCCACUUUCCUGAGUUGAUAUAUUAUACUAUAUUCUUUGGAGUUAGAUCCGUUGCCCAUAGAUCUCUAUCUCUGCCUCACUUCACUGACCUUAUUCAGCCUUCUUCCUCUGGACAAUCUGCUGCAGCUGGCUCUCAAUGAUGGAUGUCUUUGAUUUGUUGGGGUGCAUGGGACACACAGGGGCUUUCAGUACUCAGCAUGUCAGCAUCUGAGGACGGCCGACCUCAACUUGGCCCGAGCUGUAGCCCUGCAUGCCCCCAUCAUGCUUUACAGCAUAUUUAGGGCAUUACACUACACCAGGGUCAUCUUUCCAUUGACUUCUGGUCCUGACUUCACAUCAUACGCUAAUACAGCCAAGGCAAAUCCUACCGCAAAGCCUGCGACAGAAUAUGACUCACUAACUAUAUGUGCUGGUGUUCACACACAUAACAUUGUUUUAAAAGAAUGCUUUGAAUACCUAUGUUGUGUAAUUAUAGGAGAUAUAUAAAUAUGUAUUUCUUUGUCUGAAGUCUUGCCUUUAAAAAUUACUUAUAGACACAUUUCACUUUUCAGGUUUUUCAUUGCACAGAAGUGAGAGAUCAUGCUUUCCUGUACAAGUAAAGAACUUAGUAAAGAGCUACCGUAUCAUAUCUAUGAAAAUGUCUGUACAUGAGAAUCAGAUGUUUAAUCUUCACAAGCUUUCUUUCAUCAUUUCCCUUUGUCUUUUGACUCAGACAUAUUUGAUGCUAGAGUACCAACACACCAUAUAAGUGAAUUCUUAUAGACUAUAUGUACAUUUAUAUAUUAUAUGCAAGUAAACUUUGCUUAGUAAUUUAUUAAUUUAAAUGGCAUAUUAAAUAUAAUGUUUAAAAAAGGUAAAAUGCAUUAAAGACAUAGGUGAACUUUCCUCCAGCAAAUGCAACUUUGGAGGUUAAAGUUAAUAUUUUCUGCAGAUGUUCUUCAGCUGCAUUUGUUGAAAAUCAAAUCAGUGCAAAGACUGAAUUGCAACAAACUGUUACUAAACAAACUAAAUACUGAACUGCAGGAAGUAGUACGCUUUGUAGUAGUUUAGUGAGGCAGAUACUUUGCUCAGGGCUUACUCCUAUAGCAAGAUAAUGACUCACAACAUUAAAAGUGAAGAACUAUACAGAGGUGUCACAUGAUGAAGAGCAGCACAAUCUCCAGACUUCCACCCCAUGAAGCUGGCCCCAGGUUUAAGGAGAACUGCUCAUAUGAUUUAACGUGAUCCAGGUUUAACUGCACAACCUCCCACUCUGUCAUGUAGUGAUUGAGGUACUGGUGUUAUCUAAAUGAAUCCACUAUUUAUGCAGCUUUAGUGCUUUAUUGC